UCCAUCAUAUGUUAAACCAAACUGCAUAGUUCUCUGUCUCUCACCUUCUUAUGAAUAUUUUAAGUAUUACAACUGUGGAGGAAACUCCUAAGCUCCUCCAUGGAACAAUUGAAGCUACCAUCUUCAAUGCCUCACCUUACUCACCUUUAUUUCCCUUCAAUAGUUUUUCUUGUUUUCAGUGUUUAUGUACAAAUGGAAAGCCUGCUUAUGUGACUAUAAAGAUAGACAACCAGAAGUUUGCAAAAACCAGUGAAGAAAGCAACCGUGUGUGGAACCAAACCUUUCAGAUUCAGUGUGCUCAUCCAGCUGAUUCAUGCAUCACCAUUACACUGAAAACAUCACAUUCUUCCAUACUGGGGAAGUUCCAUAUUCAGGCUCAGCAGCUGCUGAAGAAAGGAGGUUUGAUCAAUGGAUUGUUCCCUCUCCUCAUGGAUAAUGGAAAACCAAACCCAAAACUGAAAUUGAAGUUUAUGCUGUGGUUCAAACCAGCAAAUUUGGAACCAAGUUGGGCAAAGAUGUUGAGCAAUGACUGGGAAUUUCAAGGGCUGAAGGAGGCUAGUUUCCCACUAAGGUCAAAUUGUCAGGUUAAACUUUAUCAUGAUGCUCACCAUUCUUCAUCUUUUCAACCUCCCUUUGAUCUGUGUGGAGCUCCAAAGAAGCUAUGGGAGGAUGUCUAUAAAGCCAUUGAGGGUGCAAAGUAUUUAGUUUAUAUUGCAGGCUGGUCCUUCAAUCCCAUGACGGUUCUGGUUAGAGAUCCUCACACAGAAAUCCCACAUGCAAGAGGAAUUAAGUUAGGUGACCUAUUAAAGAAGAAGGCAGAGGAAGGAGUGGCUGUGAGGGUUAUGCUUUGGGAUGAUGAAACAUCUUUACCAUUUGUGAAGAACAAAGGUGAAUUGAACAACCAAGAUGAGGAAGCUUUUGCAUUUUUCAACCACACAAAAGUGAUAUGCAGAAAGUGUUCCAGAUUGCACCAUAUGUUCCCAACACUCUUUGCUCACCAUCAGAAGACUAUAACAGUGGACACAAAAGCACCAAAAUCUGUUGAUGACAGAGAGCUUAUGAGCUUUGUGGGUGGGUUGGAUUUGUGUGAUGGAAGAUAUGACACAGAGCAGCAUUCAUUGUUUCAAACACUCAUCAGGGAAUCUCAUUGCUAUGAUUUCUACCAAACAAGCAUAGCAGAAGCUAGCCUCAACAAAGGAGGGCCAAGGGCACCUUGGCAUGAUGCUCAUGCUUGUGUUAUUGGUGAGGCUGCUUGGGAUGUGUUAACCAAUUUUGAGCAAAGAUGGACAAAGCAGUGUGAUCCUUCUUUUCUGAUCCCUUCUAGCACUUUGGCAAAUCUUAUGCCAAAGACAAGCUCAAGCACUCAUAGGGAGAGGAAUUGGAAAGUUCAAAUAUACAGGUCAAUUGAUCAUAUCUCAGUUGGUGAGUUAUCUACUGUAGAGAGGAGCAUCCAUGAAGCUUAUGUUGAAGCAAUUAGGCGUGCUGAGAGAUUUAUAUACAUUGAGAGCCAAUAUUUCAUUGGAGGAUGCCAUUGGUGGAAGAAAGAUAGGCACUGUGGUUGUACUAAUCUGAUUCCCAUUGAAAUUGCACUGAAGGUGGUGAGUAAGAUUAAGGCAAAGGAGAGAUUUUCUGUGUACAUAGUCAUACCAAUGUGGCCAGAAGGAGAACCUGAAAGUGAACCUGUUCAAGAUAUACUGCAUUGGACUAGAGAAACAAUGGCAAUGAUGUAUAGAUUGAUUGGAGAAGCAAUACAAGAAAGUGAGGAACCAGCACACCCUAGAGACUACUUGAAUUUCUUCUGUCUUGCAAACAGGGAACAGAAGGGACCAGGAGAGUAUCUUCCACUAGAUUCACCCCAACCUGAAACUCAAUACUGGAAUGCUCAAAAGAAUAGGAGAUUCAUGGUUUAUGUUCACUCCAAGUUCAUGAUAGUGGACGACAUAUACAUACUGAUAGGAUCAGCUAACAUAAACCAAAGAUCCAUGGAUGGGAAAAGGGACACUGAGAUUGCAAUGGGAUGCUACCAGUUUCAAGAUGAAGAUGAUGAUCACCAAAUGAACAUUGAUGAAGUUCAAGCAUAUAGAUUGUCUCUAUGGUAUGAGCACACAGUGAGUGUUGAUGAAUUGUUCUUGGAGCCAGAAAGAUUGGAAUGUGUGGAGAGAAUGAGAUCAAUAGGAGAUGAAAUGUGGGAAAUCUACAGCAGUGAAGAAAUAAGGGACAUGGAAGGUGUGCACCUUGUGAGUUACCCUGUGAGAGUAACACCAGAAGGGUAUGUGAAAGACCUCAUUGAUGGAGUUCAUUUUCCUGAUACAAAUUCUCUGGUGAAAGGGAAAAGGUCUAAAAUAUUGCCUCCUAUCUUCACCAUUUAGGUGUAAGGUUGAGUUAUGAGAAUACAAAUGAACUAGUGUUCUAAUAAAUGCGAAGGAAAAAAAAACAUAGAUGUCUUAAUUUUUUGUUUAAUUUAGUACACAAAUUACUUUAAUGACUUAAAAAGAAAUAUACAUGUCUC